AUGAAUUACUGUGAAGGAGCAAUUUCUUGCACGGAGGGUACUUCUCAUGGGCGGUGUCAUGAAGGUGCAUAUUGUGAUCUAAAAGCACCCAUCAAGAUUUGUGGUAACAAGAGAAGCUUUGGGGAGAUUGAGGACGAAGAUGAUUUCUUUGGCUCAAAGCAGGUUAAAGCAAAAGUCGAAGAAAUUGCUCCCGGUGUUGCAACAGGAAUGAUUUUGUCUCUGCGUGAGAGUCUUCAUUACUAUCUAAGGAUGAUCUUGCAAAGUGCCAAGUAUAUGGAAUAUGAUGCUGCAAAAUCUGAGGUUCAGAAGUGGCAUUCUGCAUUUCAGAAUGAACCCUUUAUAAAUCCGGGGACUUCUCCUGAAUCAACUUACCUUUUGAUAUUCAACAUGUAUCUUCAGACCCUGAAAAACUCCGAGGAGUCACUGAAAGAACAGUUGGAGAAAGCAAAGAAAAAGGAAGCUGCAUUCAUAGUUACAUUUGCAAAACGGGAUCUUAGAGCUCAACUCAAGCCACCAUCAUUGCAGGCCAGAAGGUAUUGAGGUUGUACAUACGCUUGCAGCUUGCUGCCUUUGAGAUCUACUUCCAUGUCCGAAACAUCUGCUAGCUCCUCUAACCGAUCCGAUUCCAGUGAUGAACCGUCCGCUUGCAAUGAC